UUCCGUGGGUCGCCUUCACCCAGCCUCCCAGAUACUGGGUGCGCAUUAGAGCGCUGGAUGCGCAUUCUGGCGUUUCCGGCAGGUCCUGCCUCAACAAAGAUAAGACAGAUCUGUGAUGUGACUAAAAGGAAGCCUGAAGAGCAGGUAUCCAUCAUGGAAGGAGACUUUCUGACCUGAGACCUCUCCUGGAGACUGGAGAGUCCUGAGAUAGAGUGGACGCUGGAAUUACUGGAUCUGCAGCUAAUUUUAACCCUUCUGCCCUGAGUGGGCAAAGCCUGAAUGACUUCUCAACCUUGAGACAUCAGCAGUAGCUGUGUGACAGUGGAGCGUUUGACCCAGAUGAUGGAAGGGAGAGCUUGGCAUUCUCAGGACUCUGACCUUUUGGAGGAAGAAGAGGAUAUGACCAAGUCUCUUGAAACAGUGACGUUUAAGGAUGUGGCUGUGGACCUCACCCAGGAGGAAUGGCAGCAGCUGAAACCUGCUCAGAAGAACUUGUACCGGGAUGUGAUGCUAGAGAACUACAGCAACCUAGUCACAGUGGGUUGUCAAGUCACCAAACCAGAUGUGAUCUUCAAGUUGGAACAGGAAGAGGAGCCAUGGGUGGUAGAGGAAGAAAUGCUUGGGAGGCACUGUCCAGAAGUUUGGAAAGUUGAUGAACAACAGAUCAAGAAGCAACAUGAAGCACUUGUGAGGAAAGUCACCAUCUCCAAGAAAACUCUGAUUAAGGAAAAUGUCAUUGAAUGUAAAAAAGUUACAAAAAUAUUUCCUUUGAAUUCAAAUAUUAUUACUUCAAGACAAAACUUCUAUGAAUGUGACUCACUUGAUAAAGGAUUGGAACAUAAUUUAGACUUACUUAGUUAUGAUAAGGACUCUAUAAGAGAGGAAAAUUAUGAAUAUAAUAAAUACAUGAAGCCAUUUUACCAUUGCUCGUCCCCUGUUCUAAUCCCCUUUAAGUGUAAUCAGUGUGGACAAGACUUCAGUCAUAAAUUUGACCUCAUCAGACAUGAAAGAAUUCAUGCUGGAGAGAAACCCUAUGAGUGUAAGGAAUGUGGAAAAACUUUCAGCAGGAAGGAAAAUCUUAUUACACAUCAAAAAAUUCAUACUGGGGAGAAACCAUAUAAAUGUAAUGAAUGUGGAAAAGCUUUCAUUCAGAUGUCAAACCUCAUUAGACACCAGCGAAUUCAUACAGGGGAGAAACCUUAUGCAUGUAAGGAUUGUUGGAAAGCCUUCAGUCAGAAAUCAAAUCUCAUUGAACAUGAGAGAAUUCAUACUGGAGAAAAACCCUAUGAAUGUAAAGAAUGUGGAAAAUCCUUCAGCCAGAAGCAAAAUCUUAUUGAGCAUGAGAAAAUCCAUACUGGGGAGAAACCUUAUGCAUGUAAUGAAUGUGGUAGAGCCUUUUCUCGAAUGUCAUCUGUUACUCUACACAUGAGAAGUCACACAGGGGAGAAGCCCUAUAAAUGUAAUAAAUGUGGAAAAGCCUUCUCUCAGUGUUCAGUGUUUAUUAUACAUAUGAGAAGUCAUACUGGUGAGAAACCCUAUGUAUGUAGUGAAUGUGGGAAAGCGUUCUCUCAAAGUUCAUCCCUUACUGUGCAUAUGAGAAAUCAUACAGCUGAGAAACCUUAUGAAUGUAAUGAGUGUGGAAAAGCCUUCAGCAGGAAAGAAAAUCUCAUUACACAUCAGAAAAUUCACACUGGAGAGAAACCAUAUGAAUGUAAUGAAUGUGGGAAAGCUUUCAUUCAGAUGUCAAACCUCAUUAGACACCAGAGAAUUCAUACUGGUGAGAAACCUUAUGCAUGUACAGUAUGUGGGAAAGCCUUUAGUCAGAAAUCAAACCUCACUGAACAUGAGAAAAUUCAUACUGGAGAAAAACCCUAUCAUUGUAAUCAAUGUGGAAAAGCUUUCAGUCAGAGACAAAAUCUCCUUGAGCAUGAAAAAAUUCAUACUGGAGAGAAACCAUUUAAAUGUAAUGAAUGUGGUAAAGCCUUCUCUCGAAUCUCAUCCCUUACUCUUCAUGUGAGAAGUCAUACAGGAGAGAAACCUUAUGAAUGUAAUAAAUGCGGAAAAGCCUUCUCUCAAUGCUCAUUACUUAUUAUACAUAUGAGAAGUCAUACUGGUGAAAAACCUUUUGAAUGUAAUGAAUGUGGGAAAGCAUUCUCUCAAAGAGCAUCUCUUUCUAUACAUAAGAGAGGUCAUACAGGUGAGAAACCCUAUAAAUGUAAAGAAUGUAGAAAGGCCUUUCCAUCUACCUCACAACUUAAUUUACAUCAGAGAAUUCAUACAGAUGAGAAAUACUAUGAAUGUAAGGAAUGUGGGAAAGCCUUUACCCGUCCCUCACACCUUCUUCGACAUCAGAGAAUCCAUACUGGUGAGAAACCCCACAAAUGUAAGGAUUGUGGGAAAGCUUUUCGUUAUGACACGCAACUUAGUCUUCAUCAGAUAAUUCAUACUGGUGAAAGACGUUAUGAAUGUAAGGAAUGUGGGAAGGUAUAUAGUUGUGCCUCACAACUGAGUCUACAUCAAAGAAUUCAUACUGGUGAGAAACCUCAUAAAUGUAAGGAAUGUGGGAAAGCUUUUAUCUCUGAUUCACAUCUUCUUCGACAUCAGAGUGUUCAUACUGGUGAGAAACCAUAUAAAUGUAAGCAGUGUGGAAAAGCCUUUCGUCGUGGCUCAGAACUUACUCGACACCAAAGAGCUCACACUGGUGAGAAACCCUAUAAAUGUAGGGAGUGUAAAAUGGCCUUUACUUGUAGCACAGAACUUAUUCGACAUCAAAAAGUUCACACGGGUGAGAGACCCCAUAAAUGUAAGGAAUGUGGGAAGGCUUUUAUUCGAAAGUCAGAACUUACUCAUCAUGAGAGAAGUCAUACUGGUGAAAAGCCCUAUGAGUGUAAGGAAUGCGGGAAGGCCUUUGGUCGUGGCUCAGAACUUAAUCGACACCAGAAAAUUCAUACUGGUGAGAAACCUUACAAAUGUAAGCAAUGUGGGAAGGCUUUUAUUCGUGGCUCACACCUUAGUAAACAUCAAAGAAUUCAUACAGAACAGAGAAGUGAAUGAAGACAUGUGGGAAGCCUCAAAAUUUUAUUGACAUCUGCAAAGUCCUGCUAGUAAAACACAAACCCACCAGCUGAUUUUAAGGGAUGUGAGAAAGUGUUUGAAGAUAACAACUUAAUAUCAGAAUUCACACUGUGAACAUAAGGCCUUUAUUUGAGGGCUAGAAUUUGAUGUGUUACUGCUGAGAUAUUUGAUAAAUGUUAGUGAUUGGGAGCGUUCUCUUCAUGUUUCAAAAUUUAUUAGACCAUCAGGAUUCAAUUAGUUUAAAAAUGAAACAACUUCAUGAAUGUAAGGAAAGUAGGAAGGCUUUGGAAGGCAGUUAACAUGUCAGUGACAGUCCUACAGGCGUUUCUCAGCAUCAGGCUCAUUUGCCCUGUGAGAAAUCAGGAUUCAUAAUAGAAAUGUCAUAUAGAGAGAGAUAAAUUUGCUUUAACUUAAGUUACUCAUCCGGUAAUUCAUACUUGGGAAAAGGCUAUAGUAAUGUUAAAAAUGCAGCAGAUUCUUCUAUCCCACUAAAAUCUUGUUAAAUAUUUGCCAGCUUAUUCACUAAAACUAAUCUGAACUGACUGAGAGUGGACAGGAUUUAACAAGUGCUCAGUCUUUACUUGACUUCACCAUUUUAAUUCCUUUCUUAUAGGGCAAAUGACUUAACUAGGCCUAAAUUUUCUCACUUAUAAAUUAGUAAUAUUAGUACCAUCUUGUUAGCAUUGUGAAGAUUAAAUAAUUACAUUAUAUCCCUUAGAAUACCGUGUGGCUCAUGUAAGUGUGUUAGAUGAGAGCUGCUUUUAUUACUUUAUUUUUAUACUUGUGGUUGGAGAUCAUAUGAGAGUAAGGCCUUAUGUGUGCAAUGACUAGAGGAACAUCUUACAUCAUCUUUUUAUUGAGUGUCUGGUAAUUCCUUCUGGAGAAAAAUUAAAAACUGAAGUUUUCAUUCACCUUAUCCUCUUGUGUCAGUAGAGGAAAGGAAAUCAAGGCAAAUUACAAUUAGGAGUGAAUGACAGAGGGACAAUUAGGUGUUGAAAUUUGCAGAAUGAAACAAAGCUAUACCCAGGAAGAUAACUUCUUUCAGUAUGGGUAGAAAGUGGAGACAGUUAAUGGCCAGGAUUCAUUGUCAGUUCACUGUACUUGGCGCACUGCCUGUGCUGAUAGGUUCCCUGUAAACACAUGUUGAAAUCGGGAAGGAGGGAGUGAAUAGAUAUUUAUCUCUGAUGUGUAGAAAAGCUCUCACAAAGUAAGUGCAAAGCAAAACAAACCAAAAACCUUGAAAACUUUUGAAAUGGGAAAAUAAACCCUCAAGCAUCAUGAAUGAGAGGAUAUGUAACUACAAAAACAGAGUUUUAAAGAAAUAAGGCAAUACAGUUUUGGUAGACACUGUUGGUUGCCUACCCAUUGGUGGUAGCCAUUUUCCCUUUGCCAGGACCGCCUGCUGCCCCUUCUGAAGUCUAGCUUUUGCUGUCCUAGUUUGCUUAAUGAUUGCACAUAUAUGUGAUAGUCCUGGCCAUAAAAGAUCUGAGCAAAAGUCAUAUGUAGGCUUUAUGUUAAAUUUUCUUUCCUAACAGAAUAGGAAAUGGUCCUCUUAUACCCAGGAUGCAUGUCUAUAUGUGUAAUACCUGGAACUGUGGCCAUUUUGCUACCACACGGGUAAGAGGCUGAGAUUGGCACAGGGGAUGGAUUGGAAUUAUCUGCAUCCUUGACAUUGUUGAGCUGAUGAAAAAAUGCAGAACUGCUGUGUUCCUGGACUUUGAGUAAAAUAAGAAACUCAUGCGUAUCAGUUUUAAGUUUGUACUCUUUUUUUUUUUAUGAUAUAUCAGAGUCCUGGAAAAAAAUAUUUUUGUGUGUAUAUACACCUAUUUAUUCACCUUUAAUUUAGUAAGAUGGGGAAAUGCUUAUAUUUGGCUUCUUUUUAUGGUAUAUCUGAAAUUGUGGUAAAGCAUUAUUUUCUUAAAAAUUUUUAGACAUGUAUAUAUAUAUAUUCUACUUUGAUUUAGUAAGACAUGAGAAAUAUUUUUUUACAUUCAGCAUUUUAUAAUGUGUGUUUAUAUUCAGCUUUUUAAAGCAUGUCUGAAAUCCUGAAAGAUGUUUUCCUGAAUAAAGAAUCAAUAAAUUGAUAUAAAUAGGUAUACCAUAUGAUUCCUCUCAUAUCAGUAUAUCUAACAGAUAAAAUCUUCUAAGUGUUCAACAUACAAAGAGUCACAA